UUUCCCUGGCAAAACUGGCUUCCUGGUGCCUUCUGUCUUCGCCAAAGUCAAGUGGCUCUUGCAUUUUCUUUUUAAUUGUGCCAGCAGUCACUCCAACUUAUCGUCCAAGGGAAUGUCGCGAUAGCGAUGCAGUGUCGGUAGGCUACUUAAUUUGUGCUCAUCUCGAGUACGUAUUUUGGGCUGUCAUAAUGUUUUGUAGUUUCUUUUGUUUAUAAUAGGGAUGAGAUGAACAGUGUGUUAGUUUGGUUUCGUCAACAAAUAACUUCUUCAAAGAACGGCUGUCCUGAAGGAUUGUAAAACAAGCAAGUGAAUCAUCCACUCAGGUGCUGAUGGAAAGCGUAAAUGAUCCCACUGCAAUCUCAUGUAACGUCGUUUACAUGGAAACCAUCUAUAUCUCAGACCAUAUCUGAAAUCUUUUAAGUGCUCAAUUUUGUUUAUAUAAUUAUGCCCUAGUACAUUGAGAAUACGCCAAAGUGCUAUUUCCCUGUGUAGAGCAUAACUGCCGCAUCUGACAGUGGAAUCUCCUUUUAAAAACUGAGGGUGAGUUAAUCUACACCAGGUUUCAGUACGACGUACAAAUAUUCAAACAAACUGGUGGAAGUUUGCUGUUGGCCACCUUGCACGACUUCGUCCAGACCCUCACACUGAGAUUCUUAUCGAUAGUUCCACUUCACUGUCCCACGACUAAACCAAAAAAGGCGCUUUCCUUUCCCCGUUGCAACGCCAUCGCUGCGCGUCUGCUGCAAGUACCAUUUUAAUCCAACGCAGUGCAAGCAGCCCACAGUAAAUGGCUGCUAAGGCGGACACAGUGUUGUUCUACGACUGAAUUGGGUCCGUUUCAGAGGAACAUCUCUCUACCUUGAUUUGAAAUGAAAUGAGGGCUAUGUAAGUGUGAAAGAAUGGGAAAGGGGUGCCAGAUGCAGUAGGAGACGUCCAUACGUGCUUUCUCUUAGUGGCUGUGACGUGAUAUUGCAGCCCCAGUCCUGGAGCUCAGAGAGCGAGCAGGCGAGAAAGCGCUUUCCAUCUCACUCAAUGCUAAGUCAGGAUCUGAACAUCUCCCUGCCGCCCCGGUAAGGAUUUUGUCUACCUGCUGCCGUCUGUGAAGAAAGCAAGGACAAGAGCAGAUGAUUCAUCGAAAUAUCCUCGCAUAAAUCUGAGUCGGUGGAUUGUUUUGCCUCGUUAGAACAGGCUGUUUCAAUUGCGCUCUUUGCGCUCGGCGGGUUCCGUUUAGGUGGUGGAUAGACGGGAGAUGAGCCAGACUGAAGUCUAACGCAUUUUGUGCUGUUUGCCCAUCUUGUUGCGCUGGACUUCUUUCUUUGGCAAUGGGAAGUAUUGAUUUGCGAGAAGCCAGCGCAUUUUGUUAUUUCUAAAGGAUGUGUGCAAGUAUGUGGGAAAAAUAGCCAUAGCUUCCGGAGUGUAAGGCCAAAUGACAUAGGAUGAAGGCUAUUCGUAACCUGUUGAUUUAUAUAUUUUCCACCUAUCUGCUGGUUAUGUUUGGAUUAACUGGUGCCCAAGACUUCUGGUGUUCCACUUUGGUGAAAGGAGUCAUUUAUGGAUCUUUUUCGGUGACUGAGAUGUUUCCGAAGAACUAUACCAACUGUACUUGGACGUUGGAAAACCCUGACCCUACCAAAUACAGCAUCUACCUUAAACUUUAUAAACGAGACUUGAGCUGCUCAGAGUUCUCCUUGUUGGCUUAUCAAUUUGAUCAUUUCUCACACGAGAAGAUCAACGAGUUAUUGCGGAGCAACGAAUCUAUCGUCUACCUUUGUGAUUCUAAGCAUAUAUAUGUAUUUUUGCAGUACGAUAAGAAUUUCGUGCAGCUUCGGCGGGUUUUCCCUUUCGAUUACAAUGGAUUGACACCGAAGAAACCUGAGGAAGAUCUGAAGUCAGUGGUGGAGUUUUUGGUUUUGAAUAAGGCGAGUCCAAGCCAGUUUGGUUGCCAGGUGUUAUGUACGUGGUUGGAAAACUGCUUGAAAGGAGAAAAGGGGACUGUGGAAACUUGUGGAAUGGUUUAUACAAAAUGCACCUGUCCUCAACAUUUGGGCGAUGGAGAUUCCGACAAUAUGCUCAUGCUCAACAAUGUGGUCUUGCCUUUAAAUCCCCAAACGGAGGGAUGCCUCACCCCACAACUGCAAACUGCGCAGACGUGCAAUCUUAGCGCAGAGGUGAAACGGCCUCUGAAGGAGGAAUUUGGAAUGAUCGAAGAGAAUACUGUAAAAAGUCAGCGGCCGAGAUCAGUUCAUGACACAAAGGGUCAACAGGAGCAAGAUGAGUCUGCUAAAUUUAUGGCACAAACUGGUGAGACGGGCGCUGAGGAGUGGUCCCAGUGGAGCUCCUGCUCGGUCACCUGUGGUCAAGGCUCGCAGGUGCGCACGAGAACGUGUAUCUCGCCUUAUGGAACGCACUGCAGCGGCCCUUUACGAGAGUCAAGGGUUUGCAAUAACACUGCCCUCUGUCCAGUGCACGGCGUCUGGGAGGAGUGGUCGCCCUGGAGCCUGUGUUCGUUCACCUGCGGCCGCGGGCACCGCACACGCUCGCGGAAUUGCGUCCCACCUCAGCAUGGCGGACGGGCCUGUGACGGCCCGGAGACCCAGAGCAAGCUCUGCAACAUCGCCCUCUGCCCAGUGGACGGCCAGUGGCAGGAGUGGAGUGCGUGGAGCGACUGCUCAGUGACCUGUGCCAAUGGGACUCAGCAGCGCGCGCGCCAGUGCUCGGCCGCCGCCCACGGGGGAUCGGAGUGCCGCGGGCACUGGGCCGAGAGCAGAGAGUGCUACAACCCCGACUGCACAGCUAAUGGGCAGUGGAAUCCCUGGGGGCCGUGGAGUGGCUGCUCCAAAUCGUGCGACGGCGGGUGGCAGAAGCGGGCGCGCGUGUGCCAAGGGGCGGCAGCCACGGGCCAGGAGUGCAGCGGCACCGGGGAGGAAGUCCGCAAGUGCAGUGACCAGCGUUGCCCAGCUCCGUACGAGAUCUGUCCUGAGGACUACGCCGUCUCCAUGCUCUGGAGAAGAACACCAUCUGGUGAACUUGCCUUCAACAGGUGCCCACCCAACGCCACAGGCACCACUAGUCGACGCUGCGCGCUGGAUCAACAUGGGGUGGCCUACUGGGAGCAGCCCAGCUACGCUCGAUGCAUAGCAAAUGAAUACAGAUACUUGCAGCAAUCAGUUCAGGGCCACCUCACCAAGGGCCAGAAGAACCUGGCGGGUGACGGCAUGUCCCAGGUCACCAAGGUGCUGCUGGACCUCACGCAGAGGCGCAUCUUCUACGCCGGUGACCUGCUCUCGUCCGUGGAGAUCCUGCGCAACGUGACGGACACCUUCAAGCGGGCCAGCUACGAGCCGUCCUCCGACGACGUGCAGAACUUUUUCCAGAUCAUCAGUAACCUCCUGGAGGAGGAGAACAGGGAGAAGUGGGAGGACGCUCAGCAGAUCUACCCAGGGUCGGUGGAGUUAAUGCAAGUCAUCGAAGAGUUUAUCCACAUCGUUGGCCUGGGCAUGAAAGACUUCCACAAUGCCUACCUGAUGACAGGGAACCUGGUGGCCAGCAUCCAGAGGCUCCCGGCAGUGUCCGUCAUGACCGACAUCAAUUUCCCCAUGAAGGGCAGGAAGGGGAUGGUGGACUGGGCCAGGAACUCUGAAGACAAAGUGGUCAUCCCCAAGGGCAUUUUUCUACCACAGUCUGCAGACAUGGAUGGGUCACCUGUGUUCAUACUUGGGACAGUCCUAUACAAGACACUGGGGCUGAUGUUGCCAUCCCCAAAGAAUAACACAGCUGUGAACUCCAAGGUCAUCGCCGUGACGGUGCGCCCAGAGCCAAAGGUCACAGAGGUGCAGAUGGAGAUCGAGCUCGCUCACCUGGCCAAUGGAACAAAGAAUCCUUUCUGUGCAUUGUGGGAUAGUACCAUCAUGAACGAUUCUUGGGGAACCUGGUCCUCCAGAGGAUGCAAAACCGUGCUUACCGAUGCAUCCCAUACUAAAUGCUUAUGUGAUCGUGUAUCUACCUUCGCCAUUUUGGCUCAACAACCACGAGAAAUAACCAUGGAGUACACAGGGGUUCCGUCUGUGACACUGGUCAUUGGCUGCGGCCUGUCCUGUCUGGCCUUGAUCACGUUGGCAGUGGUCUAUGCCGUGCUCUGGAGAUACAUCAGGUCCGAGCGGUCAAUCAUCUUGAUUAACUUCUGUCUGUCCAUUAUCUGCUCCAACAUCCUCAUCUUGGUAGGACAGACGCAAACUCACAAUGCAGGUGUCUGCACGAUGACGACAGCCUUUCUGCACUUCUUCUUCCUGGCAUCCUUCUGCUGGGUCCUGACGGAGGCGUGGCAGUCCUACAUGGCUGUCACGGGGAAGGUGCGGACCAGACUCAUCCGCAAACGCUUCCUCUGUCUGGGAUGGGGACUCCCAGCUUUGGUAGUGGCCAUCUCCAUGGGUUUCACGAAGGCCAAAGGCUAUGGGACACCUCAAUACUGUUGGCUUUCACUGGAAGGAGGACUCCUCUACGCGUUUGUCGGACCAGCGGCUGCCGUGGUUCUGGUCAACAUGGUGAUCGGCAUCCUAGUGUUCAACAAACUGGUGUCCAGAGAUGGAAUCCUGGACAAGAAGCUGAAGCACAGAGCCGGGCAGAUGAGCGAGCCUCAUACAGGAUUAACUCUUAAAUGUGCCAAGUGUGGGGUUGUCUCCACAACCGCUUUAUCAGCAACCACGGCCAGCAACGCCAUGGCGUCUCUAUGGAGCUCCUGUGUGGUGUUGCCCCUGUUGGCUCUGACCUGGAUGUCGGCCGUGCUUGCCAUGACGGACAAGCGCUCCAUCCUCUUUCAGAUCCUGUUCGCCGUCUUCGACUCCCUGCAGGGCUUCGUCAUCGUGAUGGUCCACUGCAUCCUGAGGAGAGAGGUCCAAGAUGCCUUCAGAUGUCGACUCCGAAACUGCCAGGACCCGAUGAGCGCGGAUGCCACUGGAACCUUCCCUAAUGGCCAUGCGCAGAUUAUGACCGACUUUGAGAAAGACGUCGACAUCGCCUGUCGAUCAGCGCUCCACAAGGACAUGGGCUCGUGCCGCGCGGCCACCAUCACCGGCACGCUGUCGCGCAUCUCCCUCAACGACGAGGAGGAGGACGGCAAGGCUCCGGAGGGCCUCAACUACUCCACGCUGCCGGGCAACAUCAUGUCCAAGGUGAUCAUCCAGCCGCCGUCGGGGCUCCACAUGUCCAUGGGCGGACUGGGCGACCUGGGCGACGGCACGGGCGACAUGCGCCGCACCGUCUACCUGUGCACGGACGACGCGCUGCGCCACAGCGAGCAGGACAUGGCCAGCCACGAGAUGGGCAGCCACUCACCGCAAGGCGCCAUGGAGACCGACUACAUCGUCAUGCCCAGGGCGUCGGCGGCCGCUGCAGCAGCGGCGGCGGCGGCGUCCGGCUCGGCCGGCAGCAUGCCCACUCUGAUCAAGGAGGAGAGCAACAAGAUGAACAUCCCCAUGGAGGCGCUGGGCCCGCACGAGCGCAUGAUGCCGCACUACAAGGUGGGGCCCGACUUUGGCAUGGGCCCCAUGGGCAUGGAGCAUGUGGGCAUGAGCCCCGAGCAGCAGUUCCCGCCGCCGCCCGAGCACAUGCAGAACCUGCCCUUCGAGCCGCGCACCGCCGUCAAGAACUUCCUGGCCGAGAUGGAGGAGAGUGGAGGCCUGUCCAGAAGCGAGACGGGCUCCACCAUAUCCAUGAGCUCUCUAGAGAGAAGGAAGUCGCGCUAUUCGGAGCUGGACUUUGAGAAAGUCAUGCACACCAGGAAAAGACACAUGGAGCUGUUCCAGGAACUGAAUCAGAAAUUUCAAACCCUGGACCGUUUUCGAGACAUACCAAAUAUGGGCAGCAUGGACAAAACAAUGCCAAACAAGAACCCGUGGGAGAGCUACAACCCUACCUGCGAAUACCAGAACUACGCCACCAUGAAUGUACUAGACCCCGACCACAAGGAUACUCUGGAGAUGACCGCGGCUGAGUGGGAGAAGUGUGUCAACCUCCCACUGGACGUCCAGGAGGGCGACUUCCAAACGGAAGUGUAGAACGACGCCAAGGAGAGGGGGCGAGAAGGGGGGUCCGUGGGCUCGCCCGUGCAAGGCAAGGAGAGACAGAGAGAGAGAGACGUAAACCACGACAACCCAGGAAGUGAGAAAAAGGCGAACGAGAUGUAUUUUGCACUUGAAUGGACUAUCCUUGCAGCCCCGGUAGACAUAUCUGGAUCUAAGGACUAUGGCAGGGACAUUAUGUGCCAAUAAGAUUUUAAAAAAAAGAGGAGAGGGGAAAAAAACUAUUAAAAAAUCUAAACAAAACAAAACAAAAUAAAAAAGACAUCAGUGUUUCUUUUUUGUAUUCUCACUAGUGUGCUUCGUGGGGGCAGCCAGGUGUACAAAUAUUUACCAUCAUGUGUUUCAAAGUACCCGUGGAAAGAAUUUGGCUUUGAAAAAAAAGGUCGCCUUUCAAGGUGAAACCUUCAAAAACGCAAAAACGACCCACUGCGUGUUAACCACAGCUUCGCCGGGUUUAGUGUCCAUUUGAAAAUGAAACUGGACAUGAACCCAGAAGCACAAUGUAUAUAUUUAUGCAGGUUUUUAAAAAGUUUAUAACAGUCUGUUUGGCCAUUACUACACUUUUUACUUUAUAAUAU